AUGGAAGCGACCCCCAGCCCCACGCCUUCGCUCCCCACGCCCUCCGCUUCCCCCUCCACCCCCGUCCUCUCCCCGAAUCGGAGCGUCGGUGCCCACUGCCACCCCAGGGGAAUGCCAGCCCCGGCUGGAAGGUCGGCGGUGGUCCAGCCUCCAGGCACGCAGCCCGUCCCGCCGCCGUUCCUCCCAGGGACCCCAAGUCUCCACGUCCCCUCCUCCCCACCCCCCCCCCGCGCGCCCCCUCCUCCGAGCUGCAGCGCAGCCCCAGGGCAGGGUGCCGCCGGCGCGGGGUCGGACGCGGCGCGGAGCUCCCGCCGGGCGGGCGGCGCGGGCGCAGGAGCAUCCCCCUCGGCGCCCCCUUCCCAGGCCCGCAGCCCACCCCGCGGCGCCCACCAGCCCCACCCCCACCAAGCCAAAGAAAAGAAAGAAAAAGCACCCCCGACGAAACUUUGCAACUGUCCGAGCAACAGGCAGAAACCCCUGCUACCUACCCAGAUGUGGGGGAGCUUUCAAGAUCCUUCUUCGGGGGAAUUUCUAGGAGGAACCGGGCGAAAGCCCCCGACUUUCCAUGCUGACAGGCGUCUGCAGACGAUCUAUGCCUUUGUUCCUGAUGAUUCCCAGCCCUGGUUACACAUCAGAACCAACGUACCAGGGCCUCAGCCCUGA